ACAAUCGAUCGAAUUUAGUUGAGCAUAGACAGUUGAAAAUGAAGUGUUUUCUACUUGUAACGACCAUAGCGUUACUCGCUACAUACAUCCAAACGGGCAAUGCCAUUCAAUUGAAUUGUAAAUUUGUAACUGUUGCCAAUUAUCCGUGGGGAAGUAUUUACGAAUGUGACGCCACAGUUGUGUAUGAUGCUCAAAAUGUAAACCGAGUGACUGCUGUAACCGGAACACAUAGCAGUGGAAAGGGAAAUGCAGAUGUUCACGGACUGAGGAUCCAGAGUCAGAAAUUGGAUCAUUUUCUUGUGAAUAUUCACAAAUUUUUUCCAAAUUUAAAAUUGCUGUAUUUCCUAUCCACAUCCAUUCCACACAUCAGCAAUGCUCAUUUACUUCCACUAACAAAUUUGGAGUAUCUGGGUCUGUACAACAAUAGCAUUACGUCACUGGAGAGCAACCUCUUUGCCGGCUUCGAAUCAAUAAAAUUUAUUACAUUCAGCAACAACAAGAUAAAGCACGUUGGAUUGGAUUUUAUUUUACCGAACACGGCUCAUUUGUUUGAUUUUUCUAAAAAUCCGUGCAUCGAUAUGAAGGCAGAAACUCCUGCUCAAAUUACGGAAUUGCGACAGAAAUUGCUAGUGAACUGUCCACCACUUAACUGUUGCGCCUAAACUGAUUAUGGAAUGUUGAACGAUGGAAACAUGAAACUUUAAAAUGUAAAAAACAUGCAAUAAACUAACUAAUUGAUGGAUUAUAUUCUCUAUGG